ACUCCUGUUGACAUUUGUCUGCUACAGUGUCCCAUCUUCCGCUUCUCCAGUCCCAACGUCCUCGAAACCUAUCCUCUCCGCUUGCGCUCCAUCUCUUUUGCGACCCCUCCUUCCUCUGCGCACACGUUCGCCACCCUACAAUUCCCUCGGCGUCCGCGCUUGUGCGGUUGCGCAUUUCUACCAGGGGCGCUCGUAGGCUUCACUCAUCGCCUUUGAACAAGCUUUGGCCCCGUGCGUGGUCAUAGCGAGGCGUACUUGUGAAGCUCUUCGUAUCUCUCUGAUCCAACUCUGCAUAUGAGCGGCUAUCUGUGGAAGUAUUACUUCGAAGACAACGUCGAUGCAUUUCGGCAAUUGCUGGAAGUAUCCAGCUAUAAUGUGCGGGCCAACACAUCGAAAGCAUCUCCGCUCGCGCAGGGUCAUGCCCUAGGAAGUCCUGGGAGUCUAGGGACUUCCCCAACUUUGCUCUCCAAGCUGAGAAGAGUGGUACCAUCUGGAACAACCUCGUUGACACGAGCCGACAUCAAUUCCAAAGAUUCUCUAGGUCUUACAAUUCUCCACUAUGCUGCCUCAUCUCCAUCCCCGAACGCGCCGAACUUCGCGCUCGCCUUACUGGAACACCCCCUAACAGACUUGUACAGUCAAGAUCUUGAGAAUGGUUGGACAGCGCUGCACCGCGCUUUCUACUUCGGCAACGUGGCAAUCGCACGAUUGAUACUGGAACGAGAGAGACGACAGCUGUUAGGCCACGGCGGACAUAGCUCUCAAGCCAGAGGCCUUAUCAAGAUAAAAGACAAGGAGGGAAAUGGCCCGUUUGACCUUUUUGCAUUAUCCAUCCAAGACCGCUUGAUACAUCAUGAGGAGCUAGAGAAGGAUGAUGCUGGAAGUGGAAACGAGGCCGAAGAUUACGAUUCCAAAGGAGGUGAUGACGAUGAUGCUGAUGAUGGGUUUCGCAAGGCUCGUGUACGGCCACAGAUCAACAUCGGCGGCGAUGGCGUCUUCACUUUUGGCAGUAACAAAAACGUGACACUUGGCUUCGGAGACGAGGAUGACCGUCAGUAUCCCGAGAGGAUCAAUAUUCGGAGACCCGACCACCUCUUGCAGCGCUUCCACCGCGAACACCUAGAAAAGAACCUCAACCGCAGGGAUGGGAUACACAGUAGCGCCACCGAUGCGGAUUAUUCCGCACAGUUGAAUGCUCUUCCGAUUACCUCCUUACCUACUACUGUACGGGCAACCCCAUUGACUAUACUGGACGUUCAAAUGUCAAAAUUACAUACUGCUGUUCUGACGACAGAUCCGGAAUCGAACUUGUACAUGUGUGGGCAUGGUCCUGGAGGUCGUUUGGGCACUGGUUCUGAAACUACAAGGUUUCAAUUUGCUUGUAUCGAAGGAGGUGCACUUGCUGGUAAACGUGUUGUCACUGUCGCAUUGGGCCAGAACCAUUCUCUUGCGCUUUCAUCAGAUGGCGAGAUGUUUUCUUGGGGUAGCAAUUUACAUGGCCAGCUCGGCUACUCGCUUCCAAAAUCAACUGUUAAGGAUGAAGAGCCGAUUCAGUCAUUGCCGCGACAAAUAUUUGGUAUAUUGAAAAAAGAGUUGAUCAUCGGGACAGCAGCUUCCAGAAUCCAUUCGGUAGCACACACAUCUACGUCUCUGUAUACUUGGGGCAAGAAUGAAGGUCAGCUGGGAAUAAUCGAUUCUGAUGCCCGUUCAUUGGAGACGCAGACAACGCCAAGGAAGAUUGCGGCCUCGCUGUUCGCUGCCAAUAUUAAUUCCGUGACCGCUCACGAUAAAGCAACCGUGGUGCUCCUGGAGAACCAUGAUGUUUGGGUGUUUGCAAAUUAUGGAUACUCUAAAAUCCUAUUUCCACUCGAUGGCUUUGCAAAUUAUUUUUUGAAGGCUAGUUUUCUGACCACAAAGUACGAGAAGACCCCAAACAGGAUUGUUAAAAUCACCGCAGCUGGUGACUCAAUUUGCGCCCUUUCAAGUUCUGGAGAAAUAUUCACAGUCGUUGUGAAAUCGGACCCUGCUCAGGAUACAGGCACUUCGACCACGAACCCAAUGAAAAUUCGGAGUUCUUUGUCAAUGCCGAUAUGCGUAUGGUCCGCAAAGAAGAAACACAUGGCUGCAAGAGAUGUAGCUGUUGAUCAAGAUGGAUCGAUCAUUCUGACAACGGAGGCCGGUGGUGUUUGGAGACGAAGCAAGAGAGCGAAGAUCAAGGACGCUACAGCAUCUGGCACGGGAGAAUACAAGCCCAAAGAUUACAAAUUCGCACGUAUACCCGGACUGACACGUGUAUAUGCGGUGCGUGCUUCUUCACAUGGUGCCUAUGCGGCCAUUCGCAGAGAUCCAGAUGUCACACGCUGUCAGAUCGAAGUUGCAGACCCAACUCUAUGGAAUGAUAUGAGCUCUCUUCUGGUCUUCUAUAGUCUGGCUACGAAGGAGGAGGACUCAGAUGAGGAAUUGCCUAUGCCCCGGUUUUGGAGGCGGCCAAAUCAUUCCGACAUGCUGCAACGAAGGGCGUUGGUAUCAGAGGAUCUGGAAAACGAUAUUGCGCAACUUUCUGAAAUUAGGUCUGCCAGUGAAAACCUGCUAUAUGACGCCAAAAUAUCGAGCUCUACAUCGGAUAUUGUGAUACCUGUACAUCAAUUCAUCCUUGCUGGUCGCAGCAAAGUGUUGCGUGAUGCAUUAUCAGGGCUUACCGCCGAUACUCCGUUUUCAAUCUCAGAUAUGCUGAGCAUGACAAAGGCUGCAGAUGGCCGUGUUACACUCCAGUUACUGUCUGUGGAGUUUCUCACUCUGUUCAACCUCACUCUCUACCUGUAUACUGACACGAUUGUGAGCUUUUGGCAAUUUGCACGACAAUACCCAAAGCAAGCAUUCCGCUAUCGUCAGGUACGGGUGGAGCUCAUGAAAGUUGCAUCUCGACUUGAACUUCGACAACUCGAGCCAGCUGUCCGUCUGCAGGUAUCGCCUAGGCCGAUUAUGAACUUCGACUUUGAGCUUGCGCUCAAACAGCCAUCUUUCUUCGACAAUGGUGAUGUCGCCAUCCAACUAUCAGACGGCGAGAUCCUAGUGCAUAGCGCAUUGCUAUGCCAGAGAUGUCCCUUCUUUGAAGCCAUGUUCAAUGGUCGUGCUGGCGGCAUGUGGCUGGCAGACAGAAGAGGACCGUCAGCAACCAUCGAUGUGGAUCUGAAACAUGUUAGCAAGAGUGUCUUUCAGCUCGUUUUGCGCCAUAUCUACGCUGAUUCAGAAGAAGAGAUCUUUAAUCACAUCACAAGCGAUGACUACAGCGAUUACUUUGCCCUUGACGAGAUGCUUGACCUUGCAAUCGAGGUUAUGGGUGUAGCUAAUGAGUUAAUGCUGACUCGUCUGUCGCAAAUCUGCCAAAAAGUAGUGGGUCGAUAUGUACACGUGAGAAAUGUAUGCUCGUUGCUCAACGCUAUCGCCCCCUGUAGUGUGACGGGCUUCAAAAAUGCCUCGCUUGAGUAUAUAUGUCUUAAUCUUGAGGCUAUCCUACAAAGCGGGCUACUCGAUGAACUUGAAGAAGACCUCAUUCUCGAACUGGAUCAGGUUGUUCGUGACAACCAAUUAGACUGCUUGCCUGUGGCACGGAGUGGUCGCGCGGAUGCCCUGCUCAUUGAGAGAUAUCCGGAACUAGCAGAACGCAUUGACAAAGGAAAGCGAGCAAAGGUUGAUGCAAUUGUGCUGUCGAACAAGUUUGCCGACAAUGAGGGGCGUUCGUCUCAUUCGUUCCGGUCUCAGAGCCUGGAAGAGAUUUCCACGACUCCCAUGAAAAGCAAGUCCAGAAGAAAGUCGCACAGAGAUGUACGAGCAGACGAUGACUCUCCAGCCAACAGUCCAAUGCUCAAAGGCAAACCAUCGACAGAAAUGUUCUUCGCUAUGGAUGAUGAGGAAGCGGGCAAUGGCGGUGCUACAUCUUCCACUUCUCAGCGUGUGUCGCAACAUCAGAGCCCGGAUCUUGGGGCGAUACCGUUUUCUCUAUCGCAGUCAAAAUUGAGUAUUGGCAGCCCUAGCCUUGAUCUUGAUAAGUCGCCCACGUUCACACCAACUGUCCACCCUUCCGGCCGGCCUUGGGGUGCGGCACCGUUGGCAUCUAAGAAGCUUGACAUGAAAGAUAUCAUGGCGCAGACUUCUUCAUCCAUGCAGUCUGGUAUCUCGCUUGCAUUGUCAAGUCAAGGUCGCCAAGACGACCGCCCAAUUCGAUCCUCGAAUGCAAAGAUGUCGCAAAAAGAAAGAAAGCGAAUGCAACAGAACUCUAAGCAGCAAUUUUCGCCUGAUAUAGCAGCUACAACGAACUCUCCCACUCCGGACGCUGCGGCGUCACCUUGGUCAAAUCCUAGAAAGGUAUCGGCCUCGCAGCCUGAUGUCCCUCGUCGCGUUAGCACGCCUCAUCUCACGAUGCGCCAAACUAUUGCCAACCCUGGGCCUUCGUCCAAGAUGCAGACUUACGAUACACCGCAUACCAAGCGAAGUGUCUCAGGUUCCAUUCAACCAAACACAAAUAUGCCUCAGCAUCCAAAGCCAAAUCCACCAACACCCUCAUCAUCCACCCAACCAGUACUCACCCCACACUCCAUCCGCCACACGCCACUCCCAGACCGCUCUAGCACGGCCCAGCCCCAGGCAUCCAUGCUCUCCAUCCUCUCCCAACAGCAAGCCGAAAAAGACUACAUCAAUACACCCGAAAAGCGCAGCCUCCAAGAAAUUCAACAAGAGCAAGAAUUUCAAGCCUGGUGGGACGCGGAAAGUAAACGCGUCAUUCAGGAAGAGAAGGACAGGGCGAGGAGAGAAAAGAGCAACGGCGCGAGGAGAGGCAGACCGAAAGUCAGGGGCGGCAAAGCGAAGAAUGUAGUGCCAGACAGUAAUGUCACGCAAGGCGAGACUUCUGCUCAGGCCGUAGCUGCAAAGCCGUCUGAGAAGGUGGUGCCAAAGAGCGCACGGGCGAAGGAUGGGCAGAGCGUGAGAGGUGGUAGGGGUGCCCACCGGGGAAGAGGAGGCGGGAGACAUACCGACUCGGACAGGGCCAAGGUGACCAAAGAGCGUGCGCGCCCUAUAACGCAGCAGGAUCAUCCUCAGACGCCAAGCCGCACCUGAGCGUGUACACUAUGCAUUUGUAUAUAUUGAAGAAUACGAGCACAUAUGAUACA